CAUCAAAAAGUAUUGACGUAAAAUAUUUCUUCGUAUGCUUCACGAAAGCGAAAGCAAAUAAAUCGCUGAGGAAGCGGAAAGGGGAAACAUACAAAACAGCAAUUUUAUGCAAAAACAAAGGCCAAAAUUACAAAACAGACGUAGCAAAAAUUUAUAUAACAACGUGUCGUAUCAACAAACGUUUAAAAAUUUUUCGCAAAAUAGUAAACAUGAAUCGAAUUUAUCAGUUCUUCCGUCACAAUCACGUCCUGGCCAUAUGCGAGGAUGCCAUUGAUAACAAAUCGUUUACGUUGAAUUUGUCACGUUUCGAGAUGCCUGAUGUGCCUGAUUUGGUGGAAAAGUGUCCAAUAUUGCUGAAACUCUUCCUGAAUCACAAUCAUUUGACGAAGUUGCCACCCAUUAUCGCCAAUUUGUCACGCCUGCAGGUGUUAACACUGGACUACAAUCGUUUGGAUGCCUUCCCAGUCGUCAUUUGUCAAUUGACCAACCUGCGUAUACUUAAUCUUAGUUGUAAUGAAAUCGCUAAACUGCCACCGGAAAUCGGUCAUCUAACACAAUUAGAAACAUUCUGGUGCAAUAAUACGGGUCUAUUAGAAAUUCCCGAAGAGAUUGGCAACUGCCAACGCCUCGAGACGAUGGGCGCACGUGGCAAUAAGUUGACUAGUUUACCAAACAGUAUGGGUUUGCUGACGAAUUUACGUUGGCUCACAUUCGAAUCGAAUGAACUGACUGAUGUACCCGCCACACUCGGUGCACUCACCAAGCUGGUGCAUCUGAAUUUCAAGAGUAAUCUACUCACUGAAGUUCCCGCUUGCCUGCGUCAAAUGCGUAAAUUGCAAUUUGUUUUUCUUAAUAACAAUCGCAUAGCGACAAUGCCCGCAGAGGAAGAUCUUUUUAGCACACGAUUUGUGCGUGUGCUGAACCUGUGUGAGAACCCACUGUGCAACGAGGAGGAAACGCGUCAAUUGCUUAGAGAGCACAUGCACGUUCAAUGUGAAGAGCGCUUCGAUUUGGGUGGACAACAGCGUCUGGCGACGCGCAAUAAUGAGCAAAGUGAAGAUGAAGACGAAGAAGAGGGUGAUGUAAAUUCUGAUUGGGAGAAUAGUAUAGCAACUAGUGACUUGGAUACUACAGAUGAGAGUGGUCCCGAAAAUGACUUAGAAGAUAUUUCCAUGCUUAUACCAGAACUUUCACGCUAUAUAACGAAUUUUACAUGAACGAUGCGCAUUAUGGACUUGAGCGUAUUUUUGGUAGCUGUGCUCUCAAACGUACAUACAUACAGACAUAUCUAAAAAUAUAUUUAUAUGACUUAAUAUUGGUAUUGAAAAUAUGUGAUAACUUCUAAACUUUUAAACUUAUAC